GCAUCCAUACAGGAGGGGGUCCCAGGAUGGAAGCGGUGGCACUCUACACGUUCCGGGCCACGGAGAGCGAUGAACUCAGCUUCCAGAAGGGCGACGUACUCAAGAUUACUAACAUGGAGGAUGAUCCUAACUGGUACACAGCAGAGUUGGUGAACAGGAAGGGCUACGUGCCCAAGAACUAUAUCAAUGUAAGACCACACACGUGGUUCGCUGGCCGCAUCUCGAGGAACGUGGCUGAGGGCCGCUUGAGACACCGGGAGUGCGGAGCCUUCCUGGUGCGGGAGAGCGAGAGCGCCCCGGGGGAGUUCUCCAUGUCCGUCAGCUACGGGGAUCAUGUCCAACACUUUAAGAUCCUACAGGACAGGGGGUCCCAUUACUAUGUUUGGGAUGAGGUUUUUCCCUCCCUAAACCAACUGGUGGACUUCUACAGGACCAACAGUAUUGCCAAGGAGAGAACUGUGUUCCUGAGGGACAAUGAACACUCAAUAAGGAGGCCUCGCCACGCCCACGCCCUGUUUGACUUCCACCCCCAGCACACCUCCCAGCUGCGCUUCCAGCGUGGCGAUGUCAUCGACCUCCUGGACUGCUCGGACUCACAGCGGUGGAAGGGCCGAUGCCAUGGCCGGGUGGGCUUCUUCCCUCCAGAGUACGUCCAGCCUGUCUAUCACUAACCCCCGCCAGGGACACGGGACAGCAAUAGCAUAGCAAGCAACCUGAUGAACAAGGAAAGCCACGUAUCUCCCAUGAACCACUCACUGAACUCCUUGACCAUCCAAUCUAACUGUCAUAAUCCAAAAUGAAUGGAAGUAAAUGGGUCAUACACUGGGAUUCAUUGAUAAUAAGUGGGUGUAUCUUACAAUAGUUCAGCAUAAACAGCUGACAAUGACGAACCAUGUUAUGAUGGCGGAAACAACUUUCAAUCGUAAAUGGAAAAAGCUUGAGGAACAUUUUCAGCAUUCAGUAGAACAUCAAAGAGCUUUCACUGUUGACACUAAAGAUUAGUUGCAGUGUUGGUAAAGGAUUUCAUUUCUGUGAGAAAAAUCAAAAACCACCCCAAGCACAGCUACCAGAUGGAUUGUGCAAUUGUAUCCCCUUUGUAGUAGUUAGUUUGCUUCUGUAUGUUUGCUCCUUUAUUAUUAUUGAAUCUAAUACUAAUUCAGUGUUUAUUCGUAUUUAUUUACUUAUUUACUGUUUCUCAUUCAGGGACAUGAAUAUUACUUUGUGUAAGAGCUUACCAUUGCUUGUAAAUGUUGUUAUUGUAAGAAAAUAUAUUAGAAAAUAAAGUAAAUGCAAAGGUA